AUGCCAAAUAAAGCAAAAAAUCAUGAAGACUGCAGGAAGUCUGUUUGUUUUCUUUGCAUGAGGAAAGGAGACCGAGAGUUAACUGACUUUAUCAUUGGAAGAAUUCACAAAUUGUUGAAAACGGACAUUGACUUUGAAGAUGAAAGGGUCCCACAGGCAAUUUGCAACACUUGCCGAACUCUCUUGCAAAAAAGAGAUGCUGGGGACAUGAGUGUUUCACUUCCGGCAAUCUACAACUUCUCUGCAGUUGUUGUCAAGCCUUUGACACGAACAUCAGGUCCAUGUGACUGCCUCAUUUUCCAGAUAGCAAAGCUCAAGCUCAACCAGAAACAUCCCUUGGCACCAAAAGAACAGACCAGAAACCUUGACCAAGGUGAAUCUUCCAAGCCUGGCCCUUCACCAAAUUCUCGCUUAAAGUCAUCAGAAAAAAGAUGCACACAGUGUUUGUCCAUUCUUGCAAGAGGUUUCAGACACUCAUGCACUAUCGGAACAAGACACCAAAACUUGCAAGCAUUGGUCCAGUCAGAUCCUGUUGGUGCUGAGCAAAUUGCAUCAGCCAUCAUCAGUUCAAAAGAUGCAUCUCCGGGAGGAACUGUUCGCCUUAGUCAAGCAAGAGGAGGGCAGUUAUUUCCAUUAACACCAGGCCCAGCAUCUGCACACAAAUCAACCAGUUCAACACUUACAAUGCAAAGCUUGUUAAAUGUUCAGUUGAACACAGGACUAUCCAAUACAGGAAUGCGACACUUGCUUCAACACUUAACAAAUCAACAGAAACUCGACUUGUUGAGCCAUUUUUCAGCAAAAGUUUGCUGCUCAGAAAAAGGAAAAACUGAAGAGAAGAAAGCAAUCGUUCACUGCAAAAAUCUUGAGGACUUAACCAACAAGGUGCUGCUGUCAAGGGAAUACGGCUACAAUCAUUUUGUCAAGCUUGGCAUUGAUGGAGGAGGAUCAUUCUUGAAAAUGAGCUUAUCAGUUAUCAAGGUAACUGAUGAAGAUGACGAAACAAGAAGUCCUCAACCAAAAAGUCUCCGCUUGCUGACAAGCUCAACUGCCAGACACAGGUGUCAAGCGUCAACUCAUAGUUGCCAUCGCUGA